AUGAAUUCCAGUCAAGUUAGUAAUUUUGUGGCAAUCACAAACUCUGAUACAGAGACUGCUGUGAAAUACCUUGAGUUCAGUGGUGGUGAUCUAGAAAGUGCGAUAACUUUUUUCUUUGAGAGUGGCGGGACUGCAAUUGGAGCAAGUGGGAGCAACAACAACAAUAAUGGGCAAAGCGUUGAAAACGAUGAAGAGUUGGCAAGUAGAUUACAAAGCGAACAGUAUCAGCAGGGGGAUGAUAUUCGUCCUCCAGAUGAAAUGGUCAGAGAAAGAUUAGUAGAAGAUGAUUUUGGCAUGGGUGGUACUGGAUUCCCAACACAUCAUCAUCGUCGUGCUCCGUUGCCGUUUUCUGAACGAGGAAUUUUCAACCAGUACGAAACAGAUAUGCUAGAGGAAGAUGACCAGGAUGAUGAUAAUGGGGCAAAUCUUUAUGAUCAACAAUUUGAAAGUGAAAAUAGCACAUUAACAGAACACCAAAAGAGGUUGGCAAAGUUAUUUCGUCCUCCGUUCGAUUUGAUCGAGAAGCUCACGUUAGAUGGAGCAAGACAGAAAGGUAGACUAGAAAAAAAAUGGAUUUUGUUAAAUAUCCAAGAUGCGUCGAAUUUCUCUUGUCAAUUACUAAACAGAGAUUUUUGGUCAGACGCACAAGUAAAAGAUGUUGUUACCACAAGUUUUAUUUUUUUGCAAUACCAGUAUACUGAUUAUCCAGUACAGGAAUAUAUUCAAUUUAACAAUGUUGAAGAGUACCCAUAUAUUGCAAUUCUCGAUCCAUUUUCAGGUGAAAGAUAUAAAAUGUGGAGUGAAGUGCCAAAUAAACAGAAAUGGCUUGAAGAAGUACACGACUUUUCAGAUAGAUAUUCUUUGCACCCAGGCCACAAGAAUCCAGCCAUCACUCACAAGAAGAAAGUUGAUCCAAACUCACUAACGGAGGAACAGCAACUACAAUUGGCGAUGAGAAAGUCCAUGAAUUCCAAUAGUGAUGAAGAUGUCAAUGACGUUCAUGAAGUGAACAACUACUUCAAUCCAAUCAGUUUGGACUCAGAUGACGAGGGUCUGGAACCGGAGUUUGAAGAGGAUGAAGAGGAUGAAGAAGAACAAGAACAAGAAGAAGAAUAUACCAGUGGUCCAUCUAUAAAUGGUGAAUCAAAAACCAGAGUUGAACCAUCAAAUCAAGAAAAUGAGGACGAGCAUGGAGUAGAGGAAGUGGAAGAAGAAGGGUUGACUCCAGAAGAAGUUUUUGCAACCAUUUUGGCGAUUGAUCAUCCUGAGCCUCCAACUGGCUCUCCGGGUACCACUAGAAUUCAAUUCCGUUUUGGUGAUGGAUCGAGAGUUGUAAGAUCCUUCAAAGUUACAGACAAGGUUAGGGUCAUUUACGAAGUUCUUAAAUUUAAUUAUGAUCAGGUAAAAGAUAAGGUAUUCACCAUAAGUAGUCAAAGGGUUAAUUUAAUUGAUAAAUUGAAUGAAACCAUUGAAAGCGCAGGGUUACUAAGAUCAUCAAUGUUGGUAGAGACUGAUGAUGAGUAA